UUCUCAUGAAGAAUGCGUUCUCACUCGAUUAUUGGAAAAUCAUGUAGGAAAGUUUGUGCACUCUCAUGCAGAAAAAGGACUUGGACUGAGCUGAAAAAUGCCUGUGAGUCAUAACUUAUCAACUGUGACCGUCAUGCUUCAGAUAUGUGUGAUAUUCUGUUUGCUGUCAGUUGUCCUCUCCCAGUCAACGCAUACCUCACCCAAAAGAGGCCAUAACAUCACAAUCCACUCUUCACAGCUGGUCUGUAGUCUGCCAGGCCCAGCAGGGCCUGCAGGGAACCCAGGAGUCCCUGGCUCACCAGGGACAGCGGGGCCAAUGGGGGCCCCAGGGAAGGAUGGCCAGGAUGGGAAGGAUGGGGAGAAGGGAGGAAAGGGAGAUAGAGGUGAUCCAGGGAGGACAGGGAACCCAGGCAAGCUGGGUGUGAAAGGCCGUGAGGGCGUUAUUGGCAAGGCUGGACCUCGAGGGCUCAGAGGGCUCCGUGGAAAACCAGGGCUGGGUGGAAAAAGUGGACAAAAGGGAGAUGUGGGUGACAUGGGUCAGAAAGGAGCUCCUGGAGGCUGCAAUUGUGGCAGCCAGGCCCGUUCAGCUUUCUCUGUGGCGGUGACAAAGAGCUACCCUAAAGAGCGUCUGCCCAUCCGCUUCAGCCGGAUCCUGCUGAAUGAGGGGAACCACUACAAUGCCAGCAGUGGGAAGUUUGUCUGUGCUAUCCCUGGGGUCUAUUAUUUCACAUACGACAUAACAUUGGCCAACAAGCACCUGGCCAUCGGGCUGGUCCACAACGGGCAGUACAAGAUCAAGACAUUUGAUGCAAAUACAGGGAACAACGAUGUGGCAUCUGGUUCCACUGUUCUCCACCUGAAGCAUUUAGACCAGGUCUGGCUGCAGAUCUUCUACUCGGAGCAGAACGGACUCUUCUUUGACCCCUUCUGGACAGACAGUACCUUCACUGGCUUCCUUAUCUACGCUGACCAGGACUAUCUGAAUGAGGCUGACAGAAAAGCUAAUGCUGAAAGUGGCAGUUAAUACUUAAAUCCUGAAAUAACUUUGUGUCUGAAUUUGUUUCACACCAAAGGGUUUUUUAAAUCCACGUUGGAAAAGAUUGCUCAACAAUGGAAGGCUUCAGUGAAUUUCAGUAUUUUAACAAGACCUGACAGCAGGUGGCACCCAAAGAAAGCAAACACUCUACUAUAACCAGGGAACCACUUAGCAAUACUUUAAUGCUGAAAAGCUUUCAUUCAUGUGGCUAUAAUUCUGACAAACUCCUAUGAACAUUUUGAACUGAAUACUUUCUCUUGACUUUUUAUUUCCAUAAUUGUUUAUUUUCUAUUCACAUACCAAACAGGAGCUUCAGGGCUUUCCCUGUUUUUUUUAAAACUCUUUUUAUAGAAGGUACAUUUUUGGUACUUUUUAUGAUAGUGUAAUUUAUACAUUAACUUUUUUUUUUUACACACUGUUGUGCAUUAAAAUUUUGGCUGGACACAACUAAUAAUGUUUUUAGCAUGCAUUACUACAAUAUUCCCAAAAUAGGGUCUAUGUGCCACCAAGAGAACUCUGAAGAAACUGUUAAAUGUAACCAUUAAUGUAAUAAGUAAGAUUGAAGAUGAGAGGAUGUAUGAUCAGAAUAGGAAGAAUGAACAAAAGAGGGAAAUAUGACAAAGAUAUACUUACAUACUGUAACUGUAUUUAUGAAUCACAAUCUUUUUUAUUAUUAUCGUGUUAUCAAUUUUUCACCCUACUCAUUGUUGUUCAGUUGCACUGUAAAAUGAAAAAGUACCAAGUAGCUGUAAAAAAAAAAAAAAAGAUGUAGUGUAGUAGAAAUCACACUAUUUCCUUCUUAAAAUGUCGAGGACAAUGGAAAUAAGGAAAGGAAGUAAAGUUACCUCAAAAAGUACCUCAAAAGUGUACUUUCCACCUCUGAUCUACAGCAGCAACUUUCAUAUGCUGCUAAAGGUGCUUUUACAAAUAAAUGAAACCUAAAAGUGAUUCUCCUACAUUAAUGGCUAAUAAUUCACACAAGGAAAUUAUAUAAU